UGGUAACCCUGCCUUAUGUGAUGUACUGCUUGGACGCUCGGUUCUGUGCAGGUGUCAACAUCAAACACAUACACACACACAGCUUACAUCUGCGACAAGUCGCCAUAUCUGGGUUUCUUUAGCUAAAGGAAAAAAAAGAAGAAUAUACAAUGCUCAGACGAAUUUUACAAAUGACUCCUGGAAAGGGAGGCUCCCAGACACCUGAGUCUGAGCAGCCGUCUGCUGACAUAAACAAUGAGACCUCAGAGGGCUUCAUUUGCCCACAGUGUAUGAAGUCUCAUAACUCUGCUGAGGAGCUUUUCAAGCAUUAUGAAGUUUACCAUGAGCCCCAGGAGCAGCCGUCUCAUCUCAGCUCCGGGAGGGAGGACUUGGCUCUUUUGCGACAAGAAGUGCAGGAUUUACAAGCAUCACUGAAGGAAGAACGAUGGUUUUCAGGAGAACUGAAAAAAGAACUAGAUAAAGUGCAAGGACAACUGAAGCAAGGACCUCAGAAUGAUGGCCAGGUAGGCGUAGAGGAAUCAGAGCUGGAGAUGAAACUCCAUGAGGCUGAGACUGAAAAGUUCAACAUCAAACAGAUGAAAGACCUGUUUGAACAGAAGGCAGCCCAGCUGGCCACUGAGAUUGUAGACAUCAAGUCACGCUAUGAUGAGGAGAAGAGCCUGAGAGAGGUGGCUGAGCAGAAAGUGACCAGUCUACAGCAGGACCUGCAGAGAGAGAGACAGGACAAUGACAAACUACAGACAGAACUGCUGCAGAGACCAGGAGUGGAGGAUGUGGAGGUGUUGAAGAAGGAGCUGGUGCAGGUACAGACACUGAUGGACAGCAUGACUCGUGAAAGAGAGGAGGAAUCUGCACGACUCAAAAACGAGUAUGAAGAGCUGCAGAGGAAUUUCACUACCUCAGAGACAACUAUCUCCAAACUGAAGGCAGAACUGGAGAAAGGUCCCCAGGAAGCUGCUGUGUACACUCAACAGAUCCACCAAUUACAGAGCAACCUGGACAACCUCCAGCAACAGAGCCAGGUGCUGUCAGCGAAGCUAGCACGACGAGAGAAGGAGAACCAAGAGCUGGAGGAGCGCCUGGGCCAGGAGCAGGUAUCCAAGAAGAAUCUGCAGGCCAGCCUUCACCAAAGGGAGUUGGAGCUGCAGGAGAGCCAAGCACGUGCAUCAGCAGGAGAGGCCUCCCUUAGUCGGGCCCAGGCUGAGUUAACUGAGCGCGGGGAAGAGGUGGGACGCCUCAGAAAGGAGCUGGCUGAGCUUGAGAAGAGCAACCAGGAGCUGAAAGCUGAACGCAAGCAACUUCAGCAGCAGAGGGAGGAGCGAGAGAGCCAGGGCGUGCAGCAGCAGAGUGAGAUCAGCCAGCUGCAUGGGAAGCUGCUGGAGACAGAGCGGCAGCUGGGCGAGGUGCAGGGCCGGCUGAAGGAGCAGAGACAACUCGCAGGAGAGAAACUCAAAGACCGUGAGCAGCAGGUUGCUGACUUCCAGCUGAAACUUUCCCGAUUAGAAGAACAGCUAAAAGAGAACACUACCAAGUCCACUGACCUACAGCACCAGCUGGACAAAUCCAAACAGCAACAUCAAGAGCUGCAAGCUCUCCAGCAGAGUACCAACGGCAAGCUACGAGAAGCACAGAAUGACUUGGAGCAGGUGCUGCGUCAGAUCGGCGAUAAAGACCAGAAGAUCCAGAAUCUGGAGGCCCUGCUGCAGAAAAGCAAAGCCAGCCUGAGCCAGCUGGAAGCUGAAAGAGAAGAUCUUUGUGCCAAGAUCCAGGCCGGAGAGGGGGAAACUGCUUUACUCAGCCAACUUCAGGAAAAGAACCACACGCUACAGGAGCAGAUAAGUCAGCUGACGGAAAAACUGAAGAACCAGUCAGAGAGUCAUAAACAAGCCCAAGAGAACCUCCAUGAGCAGUUACAAGAGCAGAAGAGCCAGCUGCGCUCAGCACAGGACCGCUGCCAGUCUUUGGAGAGUAAUGUAACAGAUCUCACUGCCCAACUCACCCAGAGCAAGGAGAGACUUGCCCAACUCGACACCCAGCUAAAGGCUAAGACAGAGAUGCUGCUGUCAGCUGAAGCAGCAAAAACUGCCCAGAGAGCAGAUCUAGAAAGCCAUCUAGAAACAGCCCAGCAUGCAUUGCAAGACAAGCAACAGGAGGUGAGUAAGGCUCAGGCUCAGCUAGAGGAACAGGGCCGUCGGCUGCAGGAGAAGCAGGAACAGUGCUUGCAGCUGGAGGCCAGUCUGAAGGAGAUCAGAGAGAAGCUGUUGGCUGUGGAGCAGAAGACCGACAUCCUGGAGAGCCAGGCUAAGAAAGCAGAAGCUGAGUUAGCGGAGCUGCGCUCAGGAAGGGAACAAGCACAGAAGGCACAGCAGAGACAGCAGCAGCAAAUUAGUGACCUGGAGAAGAGGAAUAAGGAGCUCAGUCACCAACUGGACACUGAGAAAGAAGGGGCUGUAGCUCUGCAGGAGGAGCUGCAGAAAAAGAGCUCAGCUUUGGAAGAUGCGCAAAAGCAUGUAGAGAAGUUGGAACAGGAGCAGAGUGACAUUAAGACGAGACUGGAGCAACUCACUGAGGAAGGACACAUGCAAAAGGCAGAGCUGGAGAAGAAGCUCCAGGGGAUGAGCACAGAGCACCAGAAGACCCAGCAGGAGAGACACGCACAGGCCAAAGAGCUGCAGAAGGUGAAAGAGGCUCUAAGCAAGGCUUCCUCAGCCCUGAAGGAGAGUCAGACCCAGCUGGAGAAAGAGAAGAAGAGCAGUACAGCAGCCCUGGAAGAGAAGGAAAAAGCUCACCAGAAGGCCCAGCAGGAGCUUCAGAAGAGUGCAGAAGAAACAGCUAAAGAAUUGAGCUCAGCCAAAGAUCAACUGGGGAAAAUGGCAGAGGUGGAGAACGGGCUUCAGGCACAGCUAAAAGAGCUGAGUGCCCAGUUGAAGCAGUCUCAGGAUGCACUGAAGGAGAAGGAGAAGGACAUCCAGCAGGCCCAGACACAGCUAAAGACAGCCCAAGGAUCCUUCAGUGAGGAAGUGAAAAAACUGCAGAGCCAAGUGGCAGACCUGCAGAUUGCUCAGACAAAGAAGGUGGAGGAGUUGACUAAGCUGAAGGAGCAGAUGACUGUGCUGUCUGAACAGCUGAGUUCAGAGAAAAGCCGCAGUGCAGAGCUGCAGAAAACCUGUGACAGCACCAAGGAGAGCUUGGCCAAACUACAGUCUGACUAUUAUGGCAAGGAAUCUGAAGUCUCUGCUCUGCGCCAGGACCUCAAGGUACGUGAAGAGAAGCUGGCUUUGACUCAGGAGGAACUGCUGGCCAGCACCAAUCAGCUGAACAGUCGCGAGGUCCAAAUCCAGGAGCUGAAAACAGGACAUGCGGCACUGGAGAAAGACUUAAAGAAGAGGGAUGAGAAGCUAAACCAGCAGGAGGAGGCUCUACGAGAACUGCAGAAGCAGCAGGAGCUGAUGCAGGAGGAGCUAAAGAAGGAGCGUUCUCAGGUGGAGGAGCUGAAGGAGGCUCAGAGUGGGCUAGAGAAAGAGCGGAACAGGCUAAGUGCUGAACUCAAAGCUCUGGCAGACAAGAGUGAGAAGGAGCUAAAGGACCUACAGGCAGCGAAGCAGCUCUUGCUUCAGCAGAAAGUAGAUCUACAGGGCCGAGUGGAAGCGAUCCAGGCAGCACUGGAGCAGGAAAAGAAAGAGCAUCAGAAUACCCGCGAGUCCAUCACACAGUCACAACAGCAGCACAAAGCAGAGACUGACAAACUGCAUAAACAACUGGCGUUGGAAGCGAAGGCUAAAGAGGAGGUGGAGAAGAGGAAGGAGGAGGCCGAGGCAAAGCUCACAAUGCAGGUUUCUGCGCUUAAUGAAAAUGUUGCCACACUGAAGCGAGAGUGGCAGAGCAGUCAACGACGUGUGAGUGAGCUGGAGAAACAGACAGAUGAAUUGCGUGGAGAGAUCGCUGUGCUUGAAGCCACUGUGCAGAACAACCAAGACGAGAGACGUGCCCUGCUUGAGAGAUGUGUGAAGGAUGAGGGUGAGAUAGAGAAGUUACAAGCCAAAGUGGUGGAGAUGAGGAGAAAACUAGAUGAUACCACAGCAGCCAUGCAGGAGCUGGGUCGAGAAAAUCAGUCCUUACAGAUAAAGCAGUCACAGACCCUCACACGGAAGUGGGCAGAGGACCACGAGGUGCAGAACUGCAUGUCCUGUGGGAAAGGCUUCUCUGUCACCAUCCGGAAGCACCACUGUCGUCACUGCGGGAACAUCUUUUGUGCCGAAUGCUCAGCCAAGAGCGCCCUGACACCGUCCUCUAAGAAGCCAGUGCGGGUAUGUGAGGCCUGCUACGAGGAGCUGCAGGGCUAAUGGGCCUCUCCCAGCCUGCUGCUCUGCCACACACUCGCCACAGACUCUUCCUGCACAGGACAGCGGCUUUCCCAGACUCUGGGAGCAGGAGCAGGAGUGGUGGGGUGGCAGAGCUGCAGGAAUAAAUGAGGACUGGCCUGCUUUGAUCUGCUCACUGGGCAUGAGGUGGCCUCAGAGAGAGAGAGAGCGACUGGAGAAUCACAGCAGUCCUCACCCGAGCAGUGCCUUGGUCACCUCUAGGGCCAUUUGGGGUUCCAAAGAAUCAAAAAGGGAAAGUGGUGCAGCAUUUUAAAGUGUUCAUUUCUAAUGGAAUGUGUUUUGGAUGAGAUUUCUAACAUGCUCUGUGCUUUGGGUACCAGGCUGGAAGAUUUGUACCUCAAGCUUUUCUCUUUUGAACAAAGCAGUAGUAAAUCUACCAGAGUGGUAUCCAGAGUGGUAUCCAGAGUGUUUUUUAUAGGCUCCAUGGACAAGUUACUGCUGUCAGGCAAGAAGAAAGCACAGAGCUAUGAAAAAUCCCAUCCAAAACAAAUAACCCUUUUCCAGCUGACAGUGUGGUACGGCAUUAUUCAGUUACUAAUCUGAAUCUGGAAUUAUCUGCAGCCGAGUCAAGUACUACUUUGCAUUGCCUAAUGGUGCAUGUGAAUGUAGGAGUUAACCAGAGGCUGUGAGGUGGUGACAAUUUCCCCCUGCAACGAUAGAGUUAAUGGUAAACACUAACAACAGCGGCAAGAAUGCAAAAGCUUCAAAGUCUGAUUUAACAUUUACAUUUAACAUUAACAUUUACUUGAGUGGUUUUAACAUUUAUGUUAUUCGGUUUUAUAUGAAGAGACAGAGACAGCAAGAGUUCACACAGGAAGCAGAAACUAAUACUGAAGAUUGCUGUACCAUACAGCCUGGUAGAAAAGCCAUUAUAGCUAGCUAUAUUUCUUUGACUCGAGUGACGACACGUGACCUUUCUCUAACAACUGCAUUUGACCAAUCAGUGGUCUGCCCCAUUUCUAGCUUCACUCAUAAUUCAUUGUUUAGUACCCUGGCAAGAAGGGUGACCAAAUCCAGGACUGGUACAAUGUGUUGCAUAAGUAUUCUUGCAUAAGUAUAACUUUUCCACAUUUUGUAGUGUUACAACCUGGAACUGAAAUAAAUAUAAUCAUAGGCAUUUACACAAAAUAGCCAAUAAAGCCAACAGCCAAUAAAGCUUUUUGAAUUGGGAUAAAAUCAGUGUAGUCUGCCAAAUUUUUUCAAACAUUGGUGGUGGUAUAUUUAUGCAAUGCACUGUACAUAGUUACAGCAGGGUUUACUUGGCAAUGGAAGUCACAGAUUUGUUAGUAUACCGUGCCACACUGUCCCUUGGAAAGCACUAUUGGUCUUCACUUUGACUUGGUUGAAUCUUUUCCAACUCGGUUACCAUUAAUUCAGGCAUGUUUUAUUAAAUGGUGUCUAUGUAUCAUACAUGCUUGCUAUGCUGCUCAUGUUUCAUUUGAUUAAAAAAAAAACUUUUUACAUUUUGUUUUUAUUAUAUCAGCUUUUCCAAAUCGGUGCAUUUGAGCAGUAUUUUGCAGGUUUGCUAAUUCUGAUCAAUUUGAUUUUUGACAGCAUCAGUUAUUUGCACAUGUGUGUGCCCUGCUACUAAGCAAUAAUUGUGAUUAUGUGGCUAUUAUUGUGUGUGUGUGUGUGUGUAUGUGUGUGCGUGCGCGUGUGUGAAUCUGUGUAUGUAAGAGAUUUAUAUAUAGAUGCUAUAUUGAUUAUAUAAAAAAUGGGCUGCUAGAUCACUUCUGAAAGCGUAUCGUCAAUGUUUGUGUAGCGUUAUCAUUUAGGCCUCAGCAGUCUGCUGUCAAUCUACCUGCAUCUUAUCUGGUCAUCUCUAUCUUUCUACCCUGUGGGUGUGAAGACUGUCAUGCAUGACAUGAGAAACAGGACAUUAGCUUCAAACAUAGAUGCAAUCAGUAUGCUUUCUGUUAGAGGAAGGAUUCAGGUGUGAAAACAGCUGAAUCUUUGGCAUAGGUGUUUGUGCAAACAUGCGAAAGAAAUUGUACAGAUUGUACCUGCUGUAUAGUAAUCUUCAGCACUGUCGCCUGUGAAAUGUCUGUAUUAUAGUGCACCUUUCCUCAACACGUUUGCUUCAGCAUUGAGGCUGUACUGUUAGAAAUGCACAUUUACAAUCAUACAUGCAGUUUAAGACGCACACACUCAGAUGCACCAAAAUCAGCAAAUCAUAUUAUCAUCCUCAUCAGUGUAAAUUCCAGACUCGCUUUCUUUCUGUAUUUUUGUCACCUACCUCUGGACUGUGUAUUUCCCUCUCCGAGUAUUUGUUUUACUAUAAAAUCAACUUUCCACAGUCUCGUUAACACUAUGGCUUUCACGUCUCAGUCCAAGUAUUGGUUACUAUAAAUAAGUCAAGAAAGUUGCCAGAGAUCUGAAUGUUAAGCAUUUUAGGAGUAACACUACACUGCAGUAGAGUCGGUUAUGUUGCUUGUUGUGCAUGAGCUGUGAACUGACGAACAGUCACACUUCUCAUCUGAACAACAGGCUGUUUCUGUUGUGAUCAUGUGCUCGUGCCUUAAGUCUUGCUUUCUUAGCAAUGCAGCUCGGUCACAUGGGCUGAGCUGAAAGGCUUUACACUCGUACAUAACUGUUUGCUGUCGGUAUGGCGACGCUGGUGGAUAUUAAUGUGUCGAUAUGGUUUAUGAAUAUAAUUUAUGUCAAGAUGUUUGUUUUCUAAUUUUUCAUUGAUAUGUUUGAGUAAAUAAACUAGGUGUUUCUAUUUUCA